AAUCACAGCUGAUCUUCACUUCCGGGGUCGAAAAAAUUGUCUGCAUGUGUUUAGCGAGAUUUCUCAUUAAGAUUCAUGCUCAGUCACAAAUCAAUAUAACAUUUUCCUGCUUAAGAUGAAGGUCACGCUGCUGUCAAGAUGAACGCUGAUAGAAGAGACUUGAUCCCAGUAAGUGAAAGCUAACAGUCACCUCUAUAAUUUUCUUGCCCCCCUCCCCACACGUGACACCCAGACUGGUAAUUUCGCGCCAUAUGAUUAGACCACAGACGAGUAUCAUCAUUUAGGCGUAGGCCUCCAUGUGUGGUGGUUGCUGUGAUCAUAUAUUGACGUCAGGUUCAACAUCUAGUCGGCCAGCAACAUUAAACCGGCCCCAUCCACUGGCAAUGACUGAGCAAAAGCAAUUGCAGAGAGGCCACUUCUGAAUCGAGAUAAUGAUGUCUGGAAAGUAGUCAGCAAUGUGACACAUGACUCAAAUAAUGGAGGAGGGUCAAGAUUGCACUGUAGGCUGCUCCUCCGAGUGUUGCAGUGAAGAAACAUUGUCCACAUGCAAGGAAGGCGGACACUGCAAGAAUGGGAGCUGUUUGCAGCCUAACGCAGCUAUGACCUGUCUCAGAAAGGAUGCACAAGGCAACAAUUGCUGCCCAGAUGACUCUGUGUCAUCCAUAACUAUAACAAGCAAGCUUCCAACAACAACAUGCUGCAAGGAUGGACAUUGUGAACCCACAGAUACUUCCUACAGAAAUCUCAUGGGUACCAACACCCAAUCCAACAAAAACAAUUGCUCCGGUACUGAUGGUGAAGAAGGGAAUUCUGUGCCAUAUAGUGACGAAGCCAGUGCCGUUUGUGGGUUGAAACGUCAGGAUGUAAUGGAGUCUAAACCGAGCACUGAGAGUGCACCUUCUACAGAGUGUGAUGCUACUGAAGUGAAAACCCUGUCCCAGCCUUCAGGGAAAGAUGCCAAAGACACUGUUGAAACUGUAGCGAAUGGGCCUGAGGGCAUUGACCACCGAGAACAACAUGGAGAAAUAUUAGAGACAAACAGGAAGGCAUUACAGAAUGGACCAGGGUCUGGCUCAGAGGCAAAAGAUGAUGAGGCAGCUCUAGAUGAAAUUGUGACAGCUAUUGACAGCUUUACUGCACUGGAUGAUAACCAGCUGAGUUUUAAGAGAGGGGACCAAAUCCAUGUCAUCUCUAAAAACAAUGAAGAGUGGUGGUGGGCUGAGCAUAAUGGUUGCUAUGGUUACAUACCUGUCAAUCAUGUCAGCCCUAAGACCUUGGAGGAACUGGAAAGUGAACUUUGGCAAGACGAUGAGUACUUUGGCUCCUACUCUUCUUUGAAACUUCAGUUGGAGAUGCUGAAUGACAAGCCACGGACUCUGGCCUACAGGACGGCCAUCGAGAAGAACGCGGAAUUCCUGAAGGACAAGGUCAUCAUGGACCUGGGCUGUGGAACUGGUAUCCUCAGUCUCUUCUGUGCAAGAUAUGGAAGACCAAAUAAGAAUAAGCUAAAGGAGCUUUGCUGUGGUCUGGGCGGCCUUAGUCUGUUCUGUGCACAAUUUGCACAGCCAAAAAAGAUCUAUGCGGUGGAGGCCAGUCGAAUGGCAGACAAGGCAAAGAAACUGAUGCUGUAUAACGGGUACUGGGAUGUGGUGAAGGUCGUUCACGACCGAGUGGAGAACAUAACUCUGCCUGAGAAGGUCGACCUCAUCAUUUCUGAGUGGAUGGGCACACUUCUCCUGUUUGAACUCAUGGUGGAAUCCGUGCUGAUAGCGAGAGACAAGUUCCUGGCCCGAGGCGGGGUGAUGUGGCCGUCCCACGCCAAGCUCUACCUCGUGCCCUGUCGCGCUCAGAAGCAGUACGAUGAGAAAAUUGCUUGCUGGGAAGACCAGUACGGGUUUGACUUCUCACCACUCAUUCCAUCAGCUAAGAAGGAGUUCUUUGGCCGCCCUGUCUUUAACCAUGAGCUGGAUCUUCAGGACUGUCUGGCAGAGUGGGAAACUGUGUUAGUCAUGGACAUGAAGAGAUUCAGGGUGGAGGAGCUGGAGGAGAUCACCCAGGAAUUUGAGUUCCAAGUGACAAGAGAGGGAACCUUCCAUGGCUUUGCUUCCUGGUUCAGUGUAGACUUUGGAGGGUUUCCCUCCUCAGAGCCACCGGUGGUGUUAAACACUGGACCUGAGCAUGAGAUGACUCACUGGAAGCAGGACCUGUUCAUGAUGGACCAGCCCACUGCAGUGGAGGAGGGGGACAGCAUCGUGGGCAGCAUCCUCAUCAAGAGGAACCCGGAGUGGAGGCGACACCUCAGGGUCAUGUUUACAUGGGAGGUGCUCAAGGCUGGAGUUAGAUGGGGGACCCAGAAGCAGAAACAGUUCUUACUAUGGAGAUGAAGGUGAACCCUGUGUGGGGAUUUUGAAACCACUUGACAUUCUAAUUACCAAGCAACAUUAAAAUUUUGAUUUUCAAAAUGUUUGGGCUGAAUGAUGAUUGGGCUGAAAUUAUAUCGUCACAAAGGCAAUCUUUUGUCAAAAUUCUUAAAUGUAACCUGCCAUUUCUUGGGAAGUUUUGCAAGUAAUAUCUAACAUAUGAAAUAUAGAGAAAAAGUGUAAUAUCUUUAAUAGCUUAAAAUAAUGAACAACCACAGAAAGGCCUGGAAUAUUUAUUGCAAGUGAAAUGCAGAACUUUUGUAUUGUCUAAUGUGGAAUGCCAUGAUGCUUUUAGAUUGUAUGUUUUUGUCUUAUAUGUUAUGUCCAGUGAUGAGUUAUGCAUGUACAAUGUAUAUCAUAACCUGUAGACUGUAAGUGUGUAUUUUCCAGUGAUGUAGUUGAAAUGUAAGGUUUGAUUAUGCUCUUUAUGUGGAACUUUAACAUGUCAGUGUUGUCAAAAGUGUGGUACAUAGCCAUGAAAAAUAUUGUUGCAUACUGUCCAUAGAUACAUGUACAGUGAUACAG